AGAUCCUCAGUCUUCCUUCACCCGCCCUGGAUAUUGUCUGCGCUUCACUGCCUGUCAUAGGUACCAGAAGAGCCAGUCUCAGUCCCAUGUCUCCCGCACAGGCACGUUCUUGGGCAUGCGACUGACUGCAAGGCCUCUGCGGCGGAAUGCGCCUAUACCCCGGGGAGCAUCCUGUCAGCUGUCAUGCCUCUUUGGCCUGUGGAUAUGCUGCUGGGCGAUGCUCGCAUGUGGCAUGACCGAUGAAGCUAUUUCUCUGCUCAGACAAGAGACACGCGACAUCUUCUACCAUGGCUACGACAACUACAUGAAGCAUGCCUUUCCCGAGGAUGAACUACGCCCACUGAGCUGUGCACCCCUCACUCGCGACCGCCAGAACCCCGCCCAUAUCCAGGUCAACGAUGUGCUCGGAAACUAUUCUCUGACCCUCAUCGACAGCUUGUCCACUCUCGCCAUCCUCGCUUCUACGCCCCCGCCGUCCAGAAAUGGAACGAACCAGGCGCUGCAAGACUUCCAGGACGGCAUCAAGCUGCUAGUCGAGAACUAUGGAGACGGCACCCCAGGACCCAGCGGUCAAGGAGCAAGAGCGCGGGGCUUUGAUUUAGACAGCAAGGUCCAGGUCUUCGAGACGGUUAUCCGUGGCGUGGGUGGCUUGCUGAGUGCGCAUCAAUUCGCCGUCGGUGACCUGCCCAUUCGCGGAUACGCAGCGAAAGCGACGUCUAAAAAUGGUCUCAAGGGCAUACGCUGGUCGAAUGGCUUCGUGUACAACGGUCAGCUGCUGCGACUGGCCACGGACCUCACAGACCGUCUGAUGCCAGCCUUUCACACCCCGACCCAGCUACCCUACCCUAGAGUCAAUUUGCGCCAUGGCGUCCCCUUCUACGCCAACUCCCCCUACAACAUGGACGCUGAACAUGGCCAAUGCAGCAGAGACCCACACGAAAAGGGCACCGAAAUUACCGAGACAUGUAGCGCGGGAGCUGGGAGUCUAGUGCUAGAGUUUGCGACGUUGAGUCGAUUGACUGGUGACCCUCGUUAUGAAAGAGCCGCCAAAGACGCUUUCUGGGCUGUGUGGCACCGAAGGAGCAGCAUCGGCUUGAUCGGGGCGGGCAUCGAUGCGGAGACUGGCCAAUGGGUUUCUCCCUACACAGGUAUUGGAGCGGGCAUCGAUAGCUUCUUCGAGUACGCACUCAAGUCGCACAUCUUGCUCUCUGGAUUGCCCUACGAUCUAGCAAAUGUAAGUACGGAUGCGCCCGAAGCCUUUCUUCUCGCUUGGGGAGAUGCGCACGAAGGCAUUAGGCGGCACAUCUACCGCGGAGCACAACAUCAGCAUCCCCACUACGCCCAAGUUGACCUAUACACUGGAGCCAUCCGAGCCUUCUGGAUCGACAGCCUAAGCGCUUUCUACCAAGGUCUCCUAACCAUGGCCGGCAAACUCGACGAGGCCAUCGAGACGCAUCUACUCUACACAGCUCUUUGGACCCGGUACUCGGCAAUGCCUGAAAGAUGGUCUACCGCAACCGGCAACAUUGAGCAUGGUCUACGCUGGUGGGGAGGACGUCCGGAGUGGAUCGAAUCUACUUGGUAUCUUUACCAGGCUACCAAAGAUCCAUGGUACCUGCACGUUGGUGAGAUGGCGCUUCGCGAUAUCAAGAGACGGUGCUGGACUAAGUGUGGAUGGGCGGGCCUGCAGGAUGUGCGCUCUGGUGAGCUGAGCGAUCGCAUGGAGAGCUUCUUCCUUGGCGAGACCGCCAAAUAUCUUUUCCUGCUUUUCGACCCCUCCCAUCCACUGAACACGUGGGACGCACCAUUUGUCUUCACUACCGAGGGCCAUCCGUUAGUCAUACCGAAACGAUUACGUCCUUCCAAGGUAACGCGUCAAAAGCAGCCUUCUCCUGAAUGGCAGCCAGCCCCUGAGACAUGCCCUCUUCCUCCAGCAACUGUACCGUUUAGCAUCUCGGCGACAGCAGCCCGAUCUGACAUCUUCCACGCCGCAAGCCUGGCUCGUCUCCAUCUCAUGCCCACUAUCGAAACACUAGAGUCACCCCUCGUCGAGUUUAGUGCCGACCAUCCAAGCAUCUCUCUGUCAGAUAUUCAAUCUCCCUCCAACUACACCUACUAUCCGUGGACAUUGCCUCCCGAGCUUAUCCCUCAUAAUGCUACCAGUUCACCCAUGGCGGUUCGCACAACCUUUGAUCUCUCCUUUCCGAACAUGCCCAACACCUUGCAGGCCGGUGCGCUACAGAGGGUGCACGAAGGUAUCUUGGUGAACUCAAUGAGUGGGCUAAGACUUGGAAUGGUCCGCGAACAUGACAAAUUCCCCAGGGUCGAACUGGAUGAACAUUUUCGUAUCUACGCAAUCUCCAACAUAGCGCUAGGGCGCGAUGAGAAGGUCUUCAUGUCUCGCUCGACGAUUGACAAUUUCAAUCCCCUUGACCCUUACUUCACUCGGACGCGGGAUGCGCACACCCUUGAUCUGGUAAUCGAUGUACCUCCACAUCCAGUCACCCCCGCUUCUUCAAGCGCUUUGACAGAUCUGCUCAACGACGCGCUCGGUGACAUGAGAAAUUUAUCACAUUUCGACAUUGCGGAUACUAUUAGCCUUGAUGACGACCCUAAGUCGCUGGAUGAUGAGCCUUCGUAUCUUGCAAACUUCCUGUCGUCGCUGCAGUCGCUACUGUCUGCCCCCUUGCCAACGUCGACUUCACCUCCAUCGCCACCCAAACCCGCGCAGCAAACGACGCAGCGUCAUACCAUUGUCGGUACUCUCCCUGUAGGCCCUGGCGCAGCACCUCUUCCUGAUACGUCAGAUCCUGAACUCGCGUAUAGCAGUGCCAACCCAUUGGAUUGGGCGACCAUCUACAUCCAUCCAACCACGCUUUGCGAUGAACGACUGCCUAUUGAGAUACCCAAGCGACAUCAAAUUAUUGUCAUCCCGCGCGGCGCCUGUUCGUUCUCUGCCAAACUGCGGAACAUUCCCGCUUUCCCUCCAGACAGUGCAAGUCUUCAGCUCGUUGUAAUCGUUAGCUUUCCAGAGUACGAACAGCCAUCCGAUUUUGCAGACCAAGAUGCCGCUCAGUUUGACCCGGAUAAGCCAAUACAACAAGCACCGCCCAAUCCCAGCCCUCUUGUCCAACCCUUCCUCGACGAAGCGCAAUACACUCCCUCGGGCCUUCCGCGACCGAAUCCCAUACCACUUGUCAUGAUCAAUGGGGGCGAUGAAACCAUGGCAUUACUGAGGCGUGGCAGUGCUGUAGGUGUACGGCGGAGGUACUAUUUCCGCAGUCAAGGUGUGAAGAUCGGGAAUUUGAUCGUGCUGUAGGCGUGACGAGAGUGUAGUACAAGGUAGACAUGACAUGGAUGAUUGGCGAUGAUUCAUAACGGCGUAUGCGGUAGGUCUAUGCAGACGCAGGUCUCGUUGAAUCUAAAGACAAAGAAAUGUCAUUAUGAUCAAGUAUAUACUUUGAUGGAGAAUGGAGUAUACAUGUAUUCUUGAUUAUGUAUCGAAUCUGCUACACACAUGAUGACCAUCUUGAUGCCCU